AUGAUAAAGGAUCUUAAUCCCAGUUCUGAGUACAAACACAGUAAGUCCUUCUUCUAAAUCGCCUAUUCAACAAUGCAAUGGACCAAAACUCCGAUUCCUAUAGCCACUACAAACCAAAUCAUUUCUGAUGAAGUUAGGCUUAUUAAUCAACAAGGAGUUGUCAGAUCCAAAACACUCAAAAGUGUUGAAAACUAUCUAUUUUAUGAAACAAAAUAGGGUAAAACCAAAUGGAUUGACAUAGAGAAUGCUAUAAUAGAAGUAUUUUAUCAUUCCAAAUUUGGUUCAGGUUUGAGACUCAUAAGAUGUUUUGAUGUUGUUGAAAUCUUUUGUGAUGCCAAAUCAUGGCUUGGCUAUCUCAAACGUUUUACUAUACAAUGCGAAUUUAAUGCUACAUAUUUGACGAAAAAGAAAAUCGGAAAAGGAUAAUUUUCAGAUGUGUAUAAAUGCAUAAACAAAUAUGAUGGAAAUGAAUAUGCUGUCAAAAUUUAUAAUAAAUAAAGUUUUAUUUAUGAGACCGAUAGAGCUGCUUUAUAAAAAAGAACUUCGGUGCACAGAAGGCUUUAAUCUGAAUUUGCACUUAAAUUUUAUGAGAUCUUUGAAAACAGUGAAUAAGUAAUUAUUGUCUUAGAGUUAAUUAAUGGUGGUAGUCUUAUGGAUUAUAUUGCCAGAAAUAACUGUUUUCACGAAGAUCAAGCUGCUAAAAUCAUUUUCAGAUUAGUCAAGACUAUAAGCUAUUUACAUUCAAAAAACAUUAUCCAUAGAGACUUAAAACCAGAAAACGUUGGUUUUAGAAUUUUGGAUAACGUUGAGACACUUUUUUUAAUAAAAUUUUAAUUGGCUGAUUUCUAUGAUCCAGAAAUAAACUACGAUUAGGUUUAUUAUGGUGCCCAUGGUUUUGUUGCACCAGAAAUCUUACUUCAUCAAAAUUAGGAUUUUAAAGUUGAUGUAUUUAGUAUUGGAGUAAUUUUAUACAUUUUAAUGACUGGAAAAUCUUCUUUUGAUGACACAAGAUUGCAGUAAAAUGGUGAAGGUGAUAUUGAUUUCAGUUCUAUUAAUCUAAGUCCGCUUGGCCUGGAUUUUCUUACUGGAACAUUUUAGCCAAACCCUGAAGAAAGAUAUACCUCUCAUUAGUGUCUUAAUCAUUAAUGGUUUAUAUAGGAACAAUUGGCUAAAUUACAAUAAGCACAAAUGAAAAAACCUAUUUUAUUCUAAAACCAACAGAUUGCUAGAAGAAUUAAAUAGUCCAAAACCUUGACUUUUAGCACUUCCUCUCCUAGAAGUCCGCUCUCUAUUUAGAGUCCAAGAUAUCCUGAUUUGGAAUAGAAUUAAAAAUCUCCUCUCAAACUAACUUAAUACAACACUGAAAAAUCAAUUGGACCCUCUGUUCAUAACAAAGACAUAACUAAUAAUUAAGAAGUCUAAACUUAAAUUCAUGAUAACAACUAAAAUUAAGAAUAUAAUAAUCUAAAAGCAUCUAUUUAUAGCUAAGCAAGAUUAUCAAUAAAAAAGACAUAAUCUUUUGUGAUUAAAUCGAACUCAUCAGCAAAAUAAUUGAACAUUGUUAAAUCAAAGUAAAAAUUAUGA